GCUUGUCGUCGUAGCGGCUCUUGCGUUAGGAGAGUAAAAUGUGUUUGACAGGAAUCUGAACGAGAGGAGGGGGCGGCGGCACACGAGUGGAAAUCCGCACCUUCAAGAGAUCGCCAUCACUUUUCUCCCCCUCGUCAAUCUCCAGUCGCGUGCGGUGCGUUAACGGCGGGGAGGCGAAUGCGGUGAAUUAUUAGGAGGCUCAGCAACAGGGCACACAGAGUACAGGAUGCCGCUGAGUGAAUCGACCCCGCGCGCGGGGAGCUCCCGCGACUAGCGCCGCGCAAAGUAUCCAAAAACGAGAAUGCGAAUGGUUAGAGAAGACAGCAUUCAAUUAAUAUGGAAACGAUGUAGCUUCACCGCCGCAUUGCAUAUAGCUCGGGGAAACAGGUUAGAAAGUAGAUAGCUAAACAAGGCGCAUUUUGCCGUCAUACAUGCAAACUUAACGUUACUCAUCCUCGAGCUCAACUAGCCUGUAGUUUGGCCGCAACAAAAGGAACAGCUGCUCGACAGCGUCUUCAGAUACCAAAGAAGACGGAACAACUGAAGAUGUUACGGAGGAGGCUCAACCGAUUGUGUGGAGGAGACGAGAGGCGAGUGGACAGCAGGACAAUCUAUGUAGGACAUCGGCCGUGUCCGGACACCGAGGCCUUCAUCCCCCCCAAAUUCUGUGACAACAGGAUUGUGUCCUCCAAGUACACCGUGUGGAACUUCCUGCCAAAGAACCUGUUUGAGCAGUUCAGAAGAAUUGCAAAUUUUUACUUCCUCAUCAUAUUCCUGGUGCAGGUGAUUGUUGAUACCCCAACCAGCCCUGUUACCAGUGGUUUACCUCUGUUUUUUGUCAUCACGGUGACGGCCAUCAAACAGGGUUAUGAGGACUGGCUGCGGCAUAAAGCAGACAACGAGGUGAACAAGUACCCGGUGACUGUGCUAGAGGACGGCCGGUCGGUGAAGAAGGAGAGCGAGAAGAUCAAGGUGGGAGAUGUGGUUGAAGUGGUGGAGGACGAGACCUUUCCCUGUGACCUGAUUCUAUUGCAGUCCAGUCGAGAAGACGGCACUUGUUUUGUUACCACAGCCAGCCUGGAUGGAGAAUCCAACCAUAAAACACACUACACGGUGCCAGACAUUGAGAGGGACCUGCAGGUUCUCACUGCCGCCAUCGAGUGUGAACAGCCCCAGCCUGACCUCUACAAGUUCGUGGGACGAAUGCACAUUUACAAGCCAGAGCAGGAGGAAGCAGUAAGAUCUUUGGGCCCGGAGAACCUUCUCCUUAAAGGUGCUACACUAAAGAACACCAAGGAGAUUUAUGGUGUUGCAGUGUAUACAGGCAUGGAGACCAAGAUGGCGCUCAACUACCAGGGCAAAUCUCAGAAACGAUCAGCUGUGGAAAAAUCCAUCAAUGCCUUUCUACUGGUGUAUCUAUGUAUCCUCAUCAGUAAAGCUGUGGUUUGUACUACACUAAAGUACGUGUGGCAGAGCAAAGAAGGUCAAGAUGAGCCCUGGUACAACGAGAAAACUCAGAAGGAGAAAGAAACUAACAUGUACCUGAAGAUGUUUACAGACUUCCUCUCCUUCAUGGUCCUCUUCAACUUCAUCAUCCCUGUGUCCAUGUACGUCACUGUGGAGAUGCAGAAGUUUCUGGGCUCCUUCUUUAUCAAGUGGGAUAAUGAUUUCUUUGACCCAGAGAUCGAGGAGGGAGCGCUCGUCAACACGUCUGACCUCAAUGAGGAACUUGGCCAGGUGGAAUAUGUAUUCACAGACAAGACGGGCACACUGACCCAAAACAACAUGGAGUUCAUUGAGUGCUGUAUUGACGGCUUCCAGUACAGACACAGAGAUGCCCACGGAGAGCUGGACGGCUUCACCGUCACCGACGGGCCGCUCAAUAAACUGCAGGAGAAGGCCGGACGGGAGAAAGAGGAGUUGUUUCUGCGGGCCUUGUGUCUGUGCCACACAGUGCAGGUGAAGGAGGAAACUCUUAGUGACCAAAUUGAUGGGAUUGAUGGGGUGCUGCCCAAAGCAGAGGAGGAAAGAGGUUUCAUCGCAUCUUCUCCUGAUGAGGUCGCACUGGUCAAAGGAGCCAUGGAAUACGGCUUCACCUUUCUAGGUUUGGAGAAUAAAAACAUGAAGAUCAGGAACAGGCAAAAUGAUAUAGAGGAGUACAAAUUGCUUCAUGUCCUGAAUUUUGACCCUGUUCGGCGGAGAAUGAGUGUCAUCGUGCAAACCAAAUCAGGGGACACGCUGCUGUUUUGUAAGGGAGCCGAUUCUUCCAUAUUUCCAAGAGUCAGACCAGAGGAGGUGGACAGAAUUCGACUACACGUUGAGCGAAAUGCAACGGAUGGUUACCGUACACUGUGUGUGGCCUAUAAGCAGCUGAGCGCAGAAGAGUACGCUUUAGCAGACACAGGCCUGAGGGAAGCCAGACUGGCUCUUCAGGAUAGGGAGGAGAAACUCAUGGCCAUGUAUAACCAGGUGGAGACGGGCAUGAGUUUAAUUGGAGCGACCGCUGUGGAGGACCGACUUCAGGAAGAGGCUGCAGAGACCAUGGAGGCCUUGCAGGGUGCAGGGAUGAAGAUUUGGGUGCUAACUGGGGAUAAAAUGGAGACGGCUAAGUCCACAUGCUACGCCUGCCGGUUGUUUCAGCGGGGUACAGAGCUGCUGGAGCUGACUGUGCGGACACUGGAGGAUGGGAGGUCGAAGCGUGAGGACAGACUUUUGGAGCUGUUAAGGGACUACCAUAGAAGAGCUGUGCAGGACGCCCCGCCGGUCAAAACAGGAGUCGUCACCAGGAGUUGGUCUGCAAAUCAGGAGUAUGGCUUCAUUAUAGAUGGGGCAACAUUGUCGUUAGUGAUGAACCCACCCCGUGAUGCGGAUGCCAGUCUCUACAGGGGGCUCUUCCUGCAGAUCUGCCAAAACUGCACUGCUGUUCUCUGCUGCCGCAUGGCACCCCUGCAGAAAGCUCAGAUAGUGAAGAUGGUAAAGAACUGCAAAGGUUCCCCAAUCACACUCUCCAUCGGCGAUGGGGCCAAUGAUGUCAGCAUGAUUCUUGAGGCACAUGUGGGCAUUGGUAUUAAAGGUAAGGAGGGCCGUCAAGCUGUGAGGAACAGUGACUAUGCCAUCCCUAAACUCAAGCACUUAAAGAAGCUUUUGCUGGCUCAUGGGCAUCUCUACUAUGUGCGCAUUGCCCAUCUUGUCCAGUACUUCUUUUAUAAGAAUCUUUGCUUCAUCUUACCUCAGUUCCUGUACCAGUUUUUCUGUGGAUACUCUCAGCAGCCCCUGUACGACGCAGCCUAUCUGACGAUGUACAACAUCUGCUUCACCUCCAUGCCCAUUCUGGCCUACAGCCUGCUGGAGCAGCACAUAGCCAUCGAGAUUCUGCUGGACAACGCCACCCUCUACAGAGAAAUAGCCAAGAAUGCCAUGUUACGCUGGCGACCUUUCCUCUAUUGGACAGUAUUAGGAAUAUUUCAGGGUCUCUUGUUCUUUUUUGGUGUCCGUUUUCUGUUCAGCAAUCCAGCCCUUCAGGAUAAUGGGCAGGUCUUUGGAAACUGGUCUUAUGGAACAAUUGUCUUUACAGUCCUUGUUUUUACUGUCACAUUAAAGUUGGCUCUGGACACGCGACACUGGACGUGGAUCAACCAUUUUGUGAUCUGGGGCUCUUUGGCUUUCUAUGUUUUCUUCAGCUUCUUCUGGGGAGGCAUUAUAUGGCCAUUUUUGAAGCAGCAGCGUUUGUAUUUUGUGUUCGCUAACAUGCUCAGUUCCGUGUCCGCGUGGCUGGUGAUCAUCAUCCUCAUCCUCCUCAGUCUGCUGCCAGAAAUCCUCUUGGCGGUGCUUCGAAAGCCCAAAGGACCACAUUCACGACAGAAAAAGCCGGGUCAGUCGAACGUUGGGGGCAUCCCGUCCUCUCAGUCUUCAGCCAGACCCCUGCUCAUGAGAACCUUUUCAGAUGAGUCCAAUACUGUCAUAUGAACAGCUGUCAGAGGAUCCCUCGACUCACAAUGACAGACGGCUGCUGUCACACCUCUCUCCUAUAAGCAUCUGAAGGAGCUCUACUGAUGUCCACAGACGGCUUUGGGUUUAGACUACUGAUGGGACCCUUGCAUCUGACGGGGUCGCUGCUCUUCCUCCUGCCUGUUUAAAGCAAACACGAUAAUGGAACCAACUUUAAACUGAUCAAACCAGGCUUUUGUCUUUCAUGUCCUCUCAAAGUUUGACAUCCCCGCACGAUUCCACCAGAACUACGUUUUCAUACAGUGUUCUGCCUUUCCCUACUGCCGGACUUUCAUAUUUAUCCUUACCAGGAUGAAUGUGUCUUUGGAUAAGUUGCCAGUAGCGCUUAACUGCUACCGAAUGUACCAACGUCCUUGCAUGAUCACCCUAAAACAGUCCAGCUUUCCACCGUCGCCAUUCUCUUUGGUUUACUUCAUUUGUAGGCAGACAGUUGGGCCUCUUUUGUGACCGGUUGCCAGGUGUGACCGCAAUCCCAAAAUCGUAGUUUAGCAUUUUUUGAUAUGUAGCUGUUUGAGAUCCCUAAAUGUGAGCUCUCUCUUUAAGAUGCUGCAACAAGGGCCCUGACCCUAUGGGUAUAAAAGCUGCCUUUCAACAACUUGCUGUUCGUUCGACCACAAAGAGUUCUGGGAUUUGUUUUCCUGAUGACAUUGUAUGUACGUGUGUGUGUGUGUGUGUGUGUGUGUGUGUGUGUGUGUGUGUGUGUGUGUGUGUGUGUGUGUGUGUGUUUGUGAGAAAGUGAAAACCACUUUGAUUUCUGAAGAUGUUUCUUAUAAUGUACUGUUGCUUUCUUUCAUUGUUACUCUUUGUUGAAACAGGGAUCAGUUUACAGGUGGAUUACAUAUUUGAGAAAUGUACUAGUGAAAAGUUGCUUGAUGCCAAAAAAAAAAGGAUAAGGAUUCUAUCAAAGCGGGUGACCGGCUCUAUUUUUUUCUACCCUUGAAGAUGAACCAUCACAUAUUAAGAUUUGUCCUCAAUGCGCAGUUAUUUGCGUAUUUCGAACUGAGUUUGAUGUUUAUUGUGAAUGCGUCCAUUUUAUGUACCAGGCCAGUGCUUGAAAACAUGCCUUCACCUCCAUGCAGACAAUACACUUUUACAUUUUUUGUUUGUUUGUUUUUUGAGAGAGAGAAGUUACUGAACUAAUCACACUGCACUGACAGAUAGCACUUGUGUUUCCCGCCUAUCAGAGCUUGUAUUCUCCCACUGACCAUGCUGUAAUCCGGGUUAUGCCCAUUUAUUGGCAUCUGUUGGUGCAGUGUGAAUUGUCCUUAAUGAUGGUCAAAUCAAAGCUGUUGCUCUGGUAAAUUUUAAAGCCUGCCCUCUAGUGGUUUAGAGGACAUGCAAUCUUCUUUCUUUGCUUCUGAAUACAUUCCAUUACAAUCUACGUGCCAUAAUUUCAGUCACUUUUUAGAAUAUAAUUCAAUUGUUUUGUUUUUGACUGUAAUUCUAUUUGACAUAUUUAUUGUACCUAUUGUUGUUCUACUCACAGAUGCUCUAUUUUUGUCAGAGGUUUUCAUUCUCUUUUUAAAUUGUGAAUCAUUAUCAGCUUGUGCCAAUUGUUUUGUUGUUUUGCCUGUGCAAUCCGCUGUUGAACAGAUUGGGUUUCUGUAGACCAGCAGCUCUGGGCUCUUUCUCUGAUCAGAGAUCAUCUUGUAGUAUAUAGUGUGAAUGCAGCUGAGAUCUGCAUCCCUUUAAUAUGAAUGAUCUGUUACUCUGUUUGCUUCUAGUCCAAAAUGGGUGUUAAAAAAGCAGAUGUCUGGCAUUUUUCUUGAUUAUGUUUCUUUUAAACAAUGCCAUAUGAAAGAUGCCCCAUUCCAGCUUCAGCUAUAUCUUCAAGCGUGCAUGUUUGUGUGGAUUAUCUAUGGGGAAGUGGUGUGUGUUAGACCUCUGACUGUGUCAUGAUGCUAAGCAUCUUAAGCUCGACUCUCAAUCUUGGGCUGAGUUUAAUCCAGCUGUAUCACAGCCCUGCGUGUACCGCCAGGCCUUCUUUUCAUUUCUGUUUGUGAAUCAGCUUUCUAGAGGAAAUGUAUCAGAGCUCUGGAAUGGAUAUAUUUGCUUGUCAGCUAGACGGGUGUCCGGUUGGAGAGGUGCUUCAGUGUGAACAUUAAUCCAACAUGAGCCUUUUUUCAUUUUUGUCAGUGCAUGUGUGACCACUAAUGCCACCACUGGACUGAACCCUGGUGAGCUCAUACACACAUUCUACAUCACAUCUUCAUGCGUUUGCUCAGCUCAGUUCAGGAGGGGGAAACAGAACUUGCCUGCAAUGUUUGAAAUUUCCAAACAGACCUUUAAAUUACUUCAGAGAUGCUAUUUUCAAAGCUUAUGAUAAUUCUUGGAUUCUCAUGUUGCCUGAAAAAAAAAUAUCUAUAUAAAUAUUUGAUUGUAUUUUUAAUGAAACUUUUUGAGGCACUUUUUAUAAGAAAAAGAAAAUGACUAUUUAAAAAAAAAAAAAAGCUAUGAAAGGCGGCCUGAAUGUGGAGCGUGAGACGGGGCUGAGAUGUGAGGUGAAUCAGGCAUCAUCACGGUCAGCCCUGCUCCAUCCAUCAUGUCCCUCAGGCUCCAGCUGAUCUGAAUGUACCUCUCAAGACCAGUCUGUUUCAAACAUGUUUUCUUUAAUAAAAAGCUGUUUUAAAAGAA